UUAUUCUCCUCUCUCUUCCCCUCAGGUCAGAGUCCAAGUGCCGUGGAGGAUAUGCUGGAUGUGGAGAACAAGCGUAUGGCAGACAGCCUGGCCAGCAAGGUCACCAGGCUGAAGUCGCUGGCUCUGGAUAUUGACAAAGAUGCUGAUGAACAAAACCGUUACCUGGAUGGCAUGGAUUCAGAUUUUAUGAGUGUGACUGGCCUGCUAACCGGCAGUGUGAAGCGUUUCUCCACCAUGACACGGUCCGGGAGGGAUAAUCGCAAGUUGCUUUGUUCUGUUUCAGCAGGACUGAUUGUUGUUUUCUUCAUCCUCUACUAUCUUGUGUCCAAAGCUGGGACUUGAGCUUGUUGUUCUGCAAGUUUUACAGAACAAACCCCACAACGAUUGACAGACUUGUUCAACACCUUUCUCAGUCUGCCCUAUGGUGGAGACUCAGAUGUUCCAGACAGACCUUCCAAAAACCUUUUCUUUCCACCAGCUUCUUGGCAUUGUUCUGGCUGGUCUCAGACAUCUCUUUAUAAAAUGCGUAUGUUUGAUCCUAAACAGAUUUUCAUGUAUAACACGAUUUGAUGUUGUUAAAUGCUUACACCUUUAUCUCUUGCCUUGUCGUCCAUGUCUUGCAGCCUGUUUUUAAGGACCACUUUUGUGUUACCUCCCUUACCGAUACUCGGUACUAAGCUUGUAAGGAGAUACGGCUGAGAAAUCCAGAAACAUGUUGAUACUAAAAAUAUGUUUAGCAAACAAAAAAAGCCGAGCGUUGGAAGCUGUAGAGUUUAGGAUGCCAGUUUAUGACAUUUGGAAGUUUGAAUGUGCGAUUUACAUUCCAGCAUGGCCACUCAGCUGAUACCUGGUCUCAGUUUCCUCUUGACUUGGAGACCUGUUGACGUCAUUUGUGUCCCUGGGUUGAAAUUAAAUCUGUACCGUGUUGAAAUGAAAUUAGCAGCAGAGCUGGGCCCUCUUACUCUCUAUUUGUUGCAGUGAAAUGCUGCAGAGGAGCAAGACUAUUUAAAUGGUGGCUUGGUCAUCUUUAUCAGCCUGGGUAAAGCUGGGGAUGAACCCUGCAAGAAAGGAGGGCCAAAGUCCAUAAGCCACCUUGACAUACACCUGUGUAGUAUCUGCCAGUACCUUGCCAUGUGCUUGCAAUAUACUCCCUUAGACUGUUAAAUCGGUGUGAAGAAAAUCUGAUGGGAAAAGGUCCAGUUGAUUUCAGUUGUUACAGUACCCCAGUACUAGAGCACUUUGGGGAGAUAUGCAAAUAAAAGCAGAGGUUGAGCUCAAGUGAAACUCCUGAAUGGUUGGGGUGGUGGUGGGAGGUCGAGGGAGGAUUUGAUCAGAGGGUUGAUUUGUGUUUUUAUUUAUUUAUCAUGUAGAAGGUAACCCUGGGAGUUCCUGCUUUGCCCCUCACAGUGUUUUGGGGAUCAUAGGCUGUGGUGCUCGUGCGAGAUGUGUGGCACAGCCCAUCCCUACCAGUUCUGUUCCCAGGGCAGUUGUUUCCUGAAGGUGCAGCGCGUGCCGCGUUUCCUCUCCCAAGGGGUACGUGCAGCUCCAGAUGUGCGGCAGCUGGGAACUCCAUCUUCCCUUCGCGCUCCCGGCCUUUCCUGGGGCUGCUCACACACCUCACGACCCAGCUGUGUUCUAACAUAGCUGAAUUAAGCCUGCCUGUGAUUGCAAUAGGAGAUCUGCAGCUUUAAAAAUACUGUGUCUGUUGGGAGAAAGAAAAAAAAAAAAUAAAACGUUCUUUCUCUCUUCAGACAAAGCCCCACUGCCUGUUAUAUAAACCUUUCCCAAGCAGCUGUGUUUCAUCUUGUUUCUUUUCUGUACCAACUGCUGAUCUGUUCCAGUUUUCCUUGAAGUUUUUGCUGAUUUGCUUCUCUUCCAGUAACAACCACCUCCACAGGACUAAAGCAUUCAUCUGCUGAUUUGCCUGUCUUCCUCCUCUCCAGCGAUGGCUGGAUGUUUCCUUUGGCCUCCCCCUUGUACCCAUGAGGAAUUGUUUGUCCUUGGACUAACUGAGGUCCAGAUCUGUUAAUGGACUGUGUUGUCCUUUGUUGCAGCUGAAGCAAACUGCUAACAAAAUACUACCCUAACUGGAUCAGGUGUCUUUUUUUCCACAUUUGGGAAAAAUGUGCAGGGAAGACAAGUAGAAAGGAGGCAGCAAUGACUUUCUCUGAUUCUUCUUAGUGCUGCUCUGCUAAGAUGUGGCAACUCUGAACUCUCGUUUUGGAAGAAUGAUGGGUGAAUUGAUGGGUUUGUUUUGAUUUUCUGAAGCAGAUGAGUUCUGAUAAAAGGCCACUGGAACAGCCCAGCCUCCAUAAUGCUGGUGGCUCAGGUUUGCUUUUACUGUUGUAAAUAAAGCUCUGUUUU